AUGGAUGACGACACGCCAAGACGAUCGCGUUCUCGGUCACCAGCGCGCCGAGGACAACGGUCCAGCCGUGGCGGGUUUAGAUGGAAAGACAAUAGCCGACGAAAUGACGAUCGAGAUGAUGGACCUGGUCGAGACUCCCGCAAUCGCUCCAGGGAUAGGGACAGAGGGCGUGGUUAUCGAGACAGAGAAGGUGACAGGGACUACGACAGAAAUAGGGACAGGCCUCGGGAUAGAGACAAGUAUCGCGAUGGCAAUCGGGGCGGCGGUCGCAGGGGACCAGACCGACUACGAUCGCCUCGUCGAAGCGAGCGAGACUCUUGCGACAAAUCGGAUGGCAAAAAUGGGAAAACUACCAAGACUAAACCAGCGUCGGCAACCGGAGGCGAGGAAAUGAUUAUCGUUCAUGUCAACGACCGCCUGGGAAGCAAGACAGCUGUCCCAUGCCUGCCCUCUGAUACAGUUGGUCAGUUCAAGAUGAUGGUAGCAGCUAGGAUCGGGCGCGAGCGCAGCCAAAUUAUGCUGCGGAGACAGGGAGAGCGGCCAUUCAAGGACCACAUCACGUUGGAAGACUACGGAAUCUCGAACGGUGUUCAACUGGACCUAGAGAUUGACACAGGCGAUUGA